AGCGUGGCUCGGGUGUCUUGACCUGCAGCCUGUGCACCUCAGGUAGCCAUGAGGAUCGAGAAGUGCUGGUUUUGCUCCAGCAGCGUCUAUCCUGGCCAUGGCAUUAUGUUUGUGCGCAACGACUGCAAGACCUUCCGCUUUUGUCGUUCUAAGUGCCACAAGCACUUUAAGAUGAAGCACAACCCCCGGAAGCUGAAGUGGACCAAGGCCUAUCGUCGAGCUCGUGGAAAGGAGAUGGUGGUGGAUUCCACUUUCAACUUCGAGAAGAAGCGCCUGACGCCAACAAGGUACAACCGAAAUCUGAUGGUGAAGACGGUGAGGGCGAUGCAGAUCGUCGAAAGGAUCCGGCAAGUUCGGAAGGAGCGCUUUCACAAGGCGAGGCUUGCCGCGCAGCUCAGGAAAAGGCAGACCAGCGCCCAGAAGGAGAUUGCGAAAAGCGCGCACCUCUUGGAAGGUCCCAACAAAGAGAAGGCCUUGCUCUACCAGAAGGAGUUUGCUGGCUCCACCAAGGCCAAGAGCCGGCAGAAGGUCAAGGUGGAGAAGACUGGCAGCGGCUCCAUGGAGGUGGAAUGAGCGCGCGAGACCUCGAGACCUUGAGGCCCCGCCGGAAAGGCGAGACCUUGCACUGGGAGCUUCUUGGAAGGGCGCA